GUGGGGGAGCAUGCCGUUUCUUCGGUAGCUACAUUUGACGAAUUUUUUAUCCUUACCCAUAGACUUCUUGUUCUUGUUUCUUAGUAGUAUCUUUUUAAUGUUGUCGUGAAGAUCUACAUCUAGAUCAUCAAUGUCAGGAUGAUCAUUUUCAUGUGAUGAAGAUCUUCAUCGUGACACAAUCUACAUCAACAGCGCCGGUCGUGUCGAUCUCACCGGGCCAGGAAACUUGGCUGUCCACAGCAGUGAAGCAGGCGACACCAGAUGUGUUAUCGGAAGAGAAUGCAUCGUCCUUCUGCGCAACACGUUCGCAACGACCACGAACUACAUUCGCAUGCUCCAGGAAGGCUAUAGCUGCGACGAUACUAGCAAAGACAAUUUAGUACAGGCAAAAUACCUGAGCAAUCCGUUCGCCGUUAUGCAAGACAACGUGGAUCUCUAUUCUGUAGGCUUUCCUGUCGUGAAUUCGACUGCCAACGUUGCGGGAGGACUGGGCUACAAAUUGUGCUGGGGUCACGAUCCGAAGAUACAGAAUGCAGCAGCGGGAGCUUAUCAAUUUGAUCUGGUAUUUUUCUUCUUGGCUACGUACUACUUAGUGACUACAACAUCAAUGAAUCAAUAAAUAUCAAGUAGAAUCUUGAACUUCAAAUAAACAACAACAAGAACAACAACCCACCUGCUCCCUCCCCAACAUCCUGCAACCUACUCCAUACACAGUCCAAGAUUCGCGUGCCUAUCGGUUACAUCAAGUUCCCGGGACCCUUUCCUAGGGAUAUUACGUGCUACUUUUACCGUGAGUGCCGG